AUGUCAUCGAGGGAUCCUCAGCCCCUGCACCCUGACUCCGGAGCCGCACCUUCAAUUCACGUCGAUCCCAAGGCCCAGAACCAUGCCUUCUCCUCUCAACCUCAACUUUCCACCCUGGGAGACUCCCGCUCCUUGACCUCGCCUCCGGCAACAGACGCCGCCACCCAUGAAUUUAAACUUCGAAACAACCGCAGCGCGAUGCUGAACUCAGACAUUGGCUCCAUCCGCUUCCCCUCAGAACCUUACAACUCGUCUGCUUUUUCCAUGCAGACAUCUGCGGCUUCGAAUCCCCCAGAAAAUCCGUCAAAAUCCCCCUCUCCCUUCCCAACUGUCAAUCUGCCGUCCGGAGACUCGGGCCCACCACCGGUCGACUCGGAUUUUCAACACCAGCCCGACCACCCACCCUCCUUCGGUUCCACCAACCCGCUUCGAAUACAUACAGACAUCCACUCGACUUCUGUGCCCACAGCCGACAUCACCCACGGUGCCUCGUCUCUCCACCGCGGCCCGGAGAGGUCGAACCCGACUACGACCUUGCCCCUGUCUCGCAAGUCGUCUCCGCCAGGACUGAAACCAGUAUCGCGGACUCCCAGCUUCAAGUCUGCUGCCUUCGGCCGCGGCUUUGGCUCUGCCACCAGCUCCAGAGUCUCGAGUCCCGUCAUAACCGCCAUGGGCGAUCUGACGCCGCUGCCGUCCCCAUUACUCUCCGGCGACUCACCUGGACCUUGGAAGCGCCUCAACGCCCGACCCCCUUCGAGGGAACUCGCCCAGCCACUGCCUACGACAAUGCCCGAAUCAGUACUGGUGUCGAGAAAUGGCGAGUCAAUAGCUGCCGCCAUGGCACACCAAUCCAAGCGAAAGGCUCUUUCCGGCACAGACAAGGCUCCUGGGGAGGAAUCCAGUAGCAGUUCAGAAAAAGAUGCCUCAACCAAGGCCAAAAUACACACUCGCAACAGGAGCGUCAGCGAAUACCAUCCAGAUUCACUGAACAUCCCAAAGCGCAUGGUCACAGUCUCCGGAUCUCAUGUGGCCAACUCAGGCAGCACGCCGAUGCGACGGGAAGCCCACCUUUCAGAGGCCCGGGGUUUGACGCCGAUAGAGAAACCCCCGAGUCCGCCGCCGAGUGAAUCCUCCCUCACAGCUGCAGAUAUUUCCGCAACGCCUGUCAAGGAGAAUCCACGAUACGAGUACUUUGACGCCCAGGGGCGGAAGGAUGGCAAGCUUCGUAGAUGGAGGGCUGUCAAGUCACUAGGCCAAGGCACAUUCAGCCGAGUUGUGCUAGCGACUAGUCAACUGGCUGCGACAGAGGAGGAAAUAGAGCUGGAGGGCAAAGUAGACACCGGCCUUCUGACCCCCGAACCACCCUCGAGUCUUGAUCGAAAGUCACUGGUUGCUGUCAAGGUCUGCGAACACGGCCCGAAGGGUGGGGCUUCCGAAGACCGAGUCGAGAUGAGCUUGAAACGUGAACUGGAGAUCAUGCAGAGCAUACAUCACCCGUGCCUUGUGGACCUGAAAGCCUUCAGCAUCGAGCCGACCCGAGCAAUCCUGGUCCUCAGCUAUUGUAUUGGCGGCGAUCUAUUCGACGUAGCUACACGGCACCGAUCACUUCUUGUGCCCUCGCUCCUGCGACGCAUCUUCUCCGAGCUCGUUGGUGCGGUCCGCUACCUUCACGAAAGGCACAUCGUGCACCGGGACAUCAAGCUGGAGAAUGUGCUUGUCAACCUCACCCCGCAAGAGCUCUCAGACCGGACCGUCGACUGGCAGAGUUACCCGUACAGCGUGAUUACUCUGACAGACCUCGGCUUGUCACGGAGGGUCGCGGAUGAUGAAAAGCUCACAACCCGCUGCGGCAGUGAGGACUACGCCGCCCCCGAGGUCAUCAUGGGCCUACAGUACAACGGCCACGCGACUGAUGCUUGGUCGUUGGGCGUACUUCUCUACGCUCUGCUCGAGAGCAGAUUACCGUUCGACCCACCCCCGGGUAUGAGUGACGCGCUUCGCAUGCGCAGCCGGACAAGCCACCGGAUCGCCCGCGUGGAGUGGCAGUGGAUCAGAUACGCGGGCGCUGACGGCGACCACGAGGGCGACAUGCAGAAGUUCGAGAAGGAAGGCCUGCUGGGGUCGAUGGAGGUCACCGAAGGCCUGCUACAACGAUCCCGAAGUCGAUGGUCGCUCGAGAAAGUGGCGGAGAAGCCGUGGGUGAAGGGAGGCAUAGCUGUUGAGGGCGGAAUUAAGUUCAGGGAGGAGAAAGAGGGCAAGAUCGUAUGA